AUGCCAGAGGACCAGUUUGCAGAGGCCGAAAAAGUUUUGGAGGAGGUGUUAAAGGAACUGAAUAGCCCUUGUAAAGGGGAUGACAUGGACUACCACCCUGACGAUAUCAAGGAGACUAUAUGCACCGACUGUGGAGGCACUGUUAUCGAAUACGAUGCAGCAGCCGGGAAUGGGUUUUGCGUUAAAUGUGGGACUGUCGUGGAAGAAAAUACCAUAGUUUCCGAGGUGACUUUCGGAGAAACGUCCGCUGGAGCUGCCAUGGUACAGGGCUCUUACGUUGGUCAAGGAUCAACACAUGCUAGAAUGAACGGUCCAUUUGGUAACAGAGGAAGCAGCGAAUCUCGCGAGCAAACGAUAGCGAAUGCUAGCAGGAAAAUUCAAAGUUUUGCUGCUGCUCUCCGUCUCUCCGAAGUAGUCAGCUUAGCUGCAACACGACUGUACACCCUUGCAGUAGAACACAAAUUUACUAAAGGAAGGAAAAGUCUCAAUGUUGCCGCUGUCUGCCUAUAUGUUGCUUGUCGACAGAAGGAGACGCGUAACUAUAUGCUAAUAGAUUUCUCCGACCUUCUUCAAGUAAAUGUGUUCGAGCUUGGCCAUACAUACCUUCAACUUGUACAGACUCUUAAUCUGAAACUGCCUCUCGUGGACCCGUCUCAUUACAUUUCUCGCUUCGCGGCCCUCCUGGAAUUCGGUGAAGAGACUCAUAAAGUGGCUACCGAUGCUGUUCGCCUCGUUCAGCGCUUUGAUAGGGACUGGAUGACAAGAGGUCGCCGUCCAGCAGGAAUUUGCGGGGCUGCGUUGCUCUUAGCAGCCAGAAUGAAUAAUUUUAGGAGGUCAGUGGAAGAAAUCGUUCAAGUAGUUAAGAUAGCCGACACGACACUCAAGAAACGACUGGAUGAGUUCAAGAAGACCCCUAGUGGUGCACUAACGCUCGCGGAUUUCAGGACUGUUUGGCUGGAUGACGAGAUGGAUCCCCCAGCUUUUACGAAGGGGAAGGAUAAGGAAGAGAAGGAAAGAGAGGAGACAGAGAAUGGCGUGAAAAAGCCGGACAAGGGUAAGAAGGGUGCAAAGGCGAAAAAAACAAGAAAGAGGAAGAAAGUAGAAGAUGAUGUAUCACAAGGCGAAGGGAACGAGAUCGAUGAAACCGUGGAUCAGGCGCUGGUAGAGGAAGUUGCAACAUUUUUGCAAAAUACACAAGGGUCUCUACUCACUGAAGCGCUGGAUGAGGCACAGGAACGUCGCCAUGCGCAGUUCACAGCCGUUGAUGAACUCCAGGGGUUAGAUGAAGAAGAACUUGAUCGUUUUCUAUUGACAGAUGAAGAGGUGAGGAUCAAAGAACGUGUGUGGGUGGAGCUCAAUCGAGAAUACCUGGAAGCUAUUGCAGCAAAACGAAAGAAAACAAACAAUAAACCUCGAGAUGCGUCUACUCCAUCGGGCAGUACUGCCGCGGAGUCGGUGCGCAACCUCAUCAAGAAGAAUCCGAAAUACAGUAAACGGAUCAACUACGAUGCGCUGAAGGAUCUAUUCAUGGAUGGCGGGCCCGUACCAAGGUUAGACGAGAAAGAUGACAUGUAUACUAUGGAUGACAAGAGCGAUGGAGAAGGUAUGGUUGUCGUAGAGGAAGAAGGCGGAGGAGUGGGAGUUCAGCGGCGCAAGUUACCUGGAGAUCGAUCAAUAGAAGAGUCGAUCGACGCCAAUUUGGAGGAAGAUGAAGAAGGCAGCGAUAAAGGUGACGAACCCCUCGACACGGGGUGGGAGGAUGCAUAUGAACAAGAAGUUUGA